AUGGAUGGCGGUCGUACGAGGACAUUUGGUGGUACCACCACCACAUUAGCAGCAAAGGUGGCCGAACAAGCUGGCAUGAUUGUCAAGCAAAUGGAAGUGGAUCCGUUCGUUGUCCCCGACACGAGUGUCUACAAUUUCCUCAUGGAUGCCUGCCUCAGUGAUGGUUCCAUGGUGGGUGUGACACGGGCGGAACAAACAUUGACCAAAAUGAUGGAAAAUCCUCUUCCAAUGACAAUAAUGGCCCAAAUGGGAGAUCCUAUGCCAACAUUAUCCGAUCGUGGCUCGCAUUUGAUACCGCCAAAGCAGAGCAAUGGCUAG